AAGAAACGAUGUCGAUCUUAGAGCUCACUGCGUCAAGAAGACAACACGCUGGUCCAAUACGCAGUCUACGAUAUCCGAUAGCGAUCUCGACGGCGUUACUGAUAAUCGUUGCGAUCUCUGGAUGCUUCGCCGACGAAGAAGAACAGUCUCCGCGUGCUACCCAAUUCAUUCCUUAUUUACAUGGACUGAAUGUCCCCGAAGACGACACAGGAUACGAGCAAUGUCGUUCCACGAAUAUGUGGAGGAGCCUGUUGGGACGCGUGAACGUGUUCGCGUUCUUGGACCCUUCUUGGCACUACAGCUAUAGGCAGGCAAUCAUGUUGGAGAUGCUGAAGAAACGAUUAGACAGAUCCAAUUUUACUGACAUCUUGUUCUUCGUCGUGAGUCCGCCGACGAAUUUACCAGAAGACAGCUCGGAGAUAAAGGCGUGGAAAGACAUAUCCAAGUCGGACGUUACAAAAUCGGAAUCAUUUUGGGGUGCAGAAGAAACUCAUUUCGAUGACUUUGCGAAAAGCAGCGAGAACAGCUCAAAAAUGAUUUUUCUUCAGGAUACUUUCGAGUUGGGUAUCUGGCAAAAUUUUCAUGCCUUCAAGGACGAAGUGGCGGUCAUCGAUCGUUGUGGUCGAUUGACAUACCAAGUAAUUAUACCGUGGAGUAUACUAUACUUUCCUUACGUUAAAGCAGCCAUUCUUUCCACGUAUAAAGAAGAACCAUGCGGCCCAUGCAACGAAAAACCAUCUUCAGUACACAAUUCACUGGAUUACGAGAAGUAUCUAUUUCGAAAUAUAAAUCCGAACGAAGAAGAAACUAAUCAAAACUUUGAUACAUAUUAUGCAAAACAAGAAUUCGACUUGGAAGCAGAGAGUAUCACUAUGUUUGCAGAGGACUUAAAUCAAACCGAGGACAAUGAAAAUGCAAGCACCGUCAUUUCUUUUGAUCUGUAUCUAAAUACAAAUGAUAUCACCACUUCUCCGAUCGCAAUAACUGAUUCAGCUGGGAUGUCAACGGAAAGAACGAACGAUGAUGAGGAUGCGAGAAGCAAUGAUGCUUCUGCUGGUAACAAAAGUGAACCAACAACAGAAGUUUUUUCACAUCAAGAAGAAACUCAAACGUCGUCUGUAAUUUCAAACUUAGAGACAACUGAAGAUUAUAAUAAAAUACAGGGUCACUCUUCCUCAGAAAAACGAAUAUAUGACACGGUUACAGAUGCAGCAAGAAGUUACCAAGUUCAUCAAAGUGUCAUGGAUGAGAAUUUGAGGAACAAGAAGAAAGAAGAGAUUUUUUCAGUCGAUCAUAAAACUCUGAUACCAGAUGUUGAGAACAAGGAAAUACACGAUCAAAAAGCCGAGGAUUUGCCUUUACGUAUAAUAUUGUAUUCUCCACAUUUACACCAGGAGGAUCAAACAGUGAAGCAAUACACGCAUUUGGUUCUGAAAGCAGGAAGUCCUAAUUAUCAUGAACACUUUAACAGCAUGAGUAAAAAUUACAAUCAGCGGCCAGCGGCAUCGGAAACAUCAGAUGCAACAGUAGAAAGUAAAAAUUUACGUACAUUUAUAAGCGGUGUAAACGAAAGUCCAGGAGUAUACGGUGAAAUUUCGGAUUAUUGGAGAUUUACCGAAGACGAUGAGCUCAACGAUAGAAGUAAUAAUAUAGCAUUUUUGGAACAAGAUGAUACCACGGCUAAAAACACAGAGAAUAACAAUGACAAUGCUUCCGAUGUUGAAAGUGAUACAUUAAAACCGAGUGUUGUAGAUGCAGACUCGGACAUGAGCAUUAACAAUAAUGCCGAUUCCGACGAUGUUAUGCAACAUAAAAUAACUGAACAUUACAGUAAACUGGUGCCAUGGAUUAUUUAUAUUCUCUCAUAGGUCAAUAAAUAAAUAAGUCAUAUUUAUUUUAGGAGUGUAUUUUAUUAAAAACA